CUCUUUCCUUCUCUCUUUUCCUUUCAUUUUAAACAAUGACUACAGAAGAGAUUGUUAUUCCUAACUGUCAAGGCUGUUCAAAGCCAAUUGAAGAAGGCGCCGUUGUUGCGUUUGGUGAAUCAUUAUUUCAUGUUAAAUGCUUUGUAUGUGAUAAGUGUAAAGAGUGCGUAGAGAGUAAAACAAAUCUUUUACUAUUGGAUAAUGGAAAACCAGUAUGUGAUAACUGUUCAUACAAUUGUACAGCAUGUAAUGGUAUCAUCCGUGAUGAAGCCAUCAUGACUGGAGACAAAGCCUAUCAUUCAGACUGCUUCAAGUGCGUGUCGUGUAAAAAUAAAAUUGAAGAUCUCAUCUUUACUCAGACCAAAAAGGGUAUUUAUUGUACAACAUGCUAUGAAGCGCGUAAACAGUCAAGAAAGAACAAAGUAAAGCCUGGUUCACUAACUGAAUUGCCUCCUCGUCAGGAACCAACCGAGGAUCCACCAACGCCAGCUAGAUCGCGAAGCAAUUCAAGUAAUACGAAUAUACAGAAUGAAUCACUAUUGUCCGUCUUGUCACCAGUGACUCUUUCCUUUUUUGAUAACAAUUCCUCUGACCUCUUGGAUAAUCUCACCAGCUCACUUGGAGCCAACCUCUGUCUGAACUUUAGUCCUCCAGCCGAAGAUGCCACUCAAACUCGCAUUAAUCGAGCAUCAGAAAUCUUACAGUCAUCAUUAAGGACCUCUUCUUUAAAGUACGCCCCUGGACCAUCUACAAACGACAUCACCGAUUUGGAUGCUAGCAAGCUUAAAAAAGAAUUAUCAGAAACGAGAUCAAACCUAAAAGAGUUAGAAGCAGAAUAUAAGUCGCUGCAGCAAGCUAGUCAGCAGGCAUUAGACGAAUUCACAAAAGUAAAAGAAGAAUAUGCUAAAGAGGCAGCUAUUAAGCAUCAACAAGAAUUCAUCAUUGCUGCACUCUUGACGAGGAAUAAUGCUGGCUUACUCUCAAGAAAAGAUCUCGACAAAUUGGCAAUGUUAAGACUCCAACUUGAAAAUGCAUGUAAUGAGCUCAUUCAGUACCGUGACUUGCUCACUACCCAGAUCGAUCAGACAGUCGACAAGCAGACAAUCAGUGGUUAUUAUUCAAACUAUCAAAAGAGCUUAAAGGCUCAAGUCAGGUCCCUGAGUCAACAAAGAGAUUUACUUUUGACAGAAACAAAGGAGCUCAAGACAACUCGAGAAGAGGUCUUGAAGGACUUGAUCAACCUAAGUACACAUAAGCAAUCCGAUUCAGCGGUACCACCAAUCACAAUCUCCCCAUCAGAAUCAACAAGCUCCACACGGCCCCGUAAGCUAUCAGAUGCAGGGUCAGUCAUAUGCAAAGUGUCAUCUAGAAAUAGCUUCCUUGGUGAUCAAACUCCUACAUUGUUCCGCAUAAAGAAAAAGGGAAGCACCAUGUUCAACAUUUUCACAAAUGGCAACAACGCUAAUAAUAGCCAUAGCAACAACAAUAACAAUAAUAAUAAUAAUAGCAACAUUAAAUUAAAGCCCGAACCAUCUGUAUCCACCUCCUCUACAUCCUCCACAGCAGCCUCUUCUAUCUAUGGCCUAUCCACAAAAUUCUCAGGCAGCUCACAAAACCUUUCAAAGAAAGCAGGUCUUUCAGAAUUGAAUGUAUCUUACCAAGGAAACCACGCAUUCAUGCCUGCAUCAUUCAUUCGCCCUGUCAAGUGCGGUGUCUGCAGUGAUAAAAUAUGGGGGCGAUCAGAGUUUAGAUGUGAAGGAUGUGGGUUCUUGGCACACUCAAGAUGUCUCACUCAAGUUCCCUCUUCCUGUCUAUCUUCCUAUUCUCCCUUAAGUCGAAGUAGCUUUGACCUCCUGUCUGAUGCAACUUCCUUUUCAGCAACUUCACCCAUUAGCAACUAUGAGAAUAAGCCACUACCACAAAUCACACAGUCAGGUGUUAAGCCUCUCUUUGGCACUCCGUUAACUGAACGUGUAGAGUUUGAAGGCCGACCAGUACCACUGUUUGUCACAGAGUGUAUCAAUGCAGUCGAACAUCGAGGAUUAGACUAUGAAGGCAUAUACAGAAAGUCAGGAGGAGCAGCUCAGAUACGGUCUAUUCAAUCUGCUUUUGAACAAGGAGAGAAAGUAGAUCUUUAUAAUGAAGACGAGAUUAACGAUAUAUGUGCCAUCACGAGCGUCUUGAAGCAGUACUUUAGAGAAUUACCAAACCCUCUUUUAACAUUUGAAACAUACCAAGCAUUUAUUGAACUAUCAACCAUGAACAAUGAUCCUUCCAAAUUACAAAAAAUGACACAUAUUCUAUCACAAUUACCUCAAGCUCAUCAAGACACAUUACGUUCACUAUUUAGACACUUGGAAAAGAUAUGCCAAUCAUGCUCAAAAAAUAGAAUGACCAUAAAGAACCUGGCUAUGGUAUUUGCGCCUACAUUAAUGCGACAUCAAGAUCCUUCAAGGGACUUUUUGGAUAUCAGCUAUAAAAAUGCCGUAGUGGAAUAUUUAUUGUUACAUACAUCUGAAUUGUUCUAA